AUGGUUUUAGACCAAAUUUACCCAAAUCUUGGUUGUUUGAAAACUAUCCCUGUAGUGUUGGAUUUGGUUGAACGGAACAAUCGGUUUCUUCAGUACCCUCCUCCAUAUCGGAGUUGGAGGGUUAUUCUUCACGAUUUGAACAUUAAGCAGUCGUCGAUUUGGGCUCAAGUUCCUGCUCCUCCGGAAGACGGUUGGAUGGCUGAUUUGAAGUUUCACUAUAAUCCGAAUGAGGUCGACACUGACGCCUUCGUGGCGAGACAACUGAAGAGGAAGAAGAAGAAGCAGGCCUCAAGCUCGGGUGUGCCAACAGAGCCGCCUAUUGCGACUGAUGCACCGCGAUCUGACGUCCUCUCCGGUCGCUCCUCACGGAAACGGACUCCCACACCUGAUGAUGGUUGCUUAUCCGAUGGUUCUGUUCACGUAGUUCUACCUGUUGGUGCUUCGGCUCAUACCGAGUACAACGCGCUGUCAGGUCAGCUCGAAAAGCUCUUACUUGAAGAGGAUCGGGCUGUUUUGAACAACUAUGGGGAUGACGAAGCCUAUGACGUGUUCGCCUCUUCGGCCUUCGCGCACUAUCAGCAUGCUAUCUUUAUGAAGCAGGCUAGGCUUGAGCACAAACGGCAACUACAGGAUGUUCGUGCUGCUAAGGCUAGGAUAGAGAACGAGCUUGUGGAAGCUCAGAAGUUGGUCAAGCAAGGCCAGGCGGACCUGGAAUCCUUGGAAGCGUCUCUUCAGGCUCAAUUGGCUUCGAAAGAUGAGGAAAUCAGUCGUCUGAAGGCUGAACUGGCGGAGAUGGAGAAAAAUCGGGAGCUAGAGCUUCUCGAUGCUUGCCAUGAGGCUGUGCUCAAGUCCCGGGCUGAUAUGAGUCAGGAGGUCUUGGAUGGGUCUUACAAGACUUGGGACAAUGCUGAGAACAUUCGACAGUGGAAGGUGUAUCAAGAUAAGCUUUCUGGGGUGGCCUCUUCAGGCGACGUCGACGGCGACGAGUGAUGUUGUCGUUUCCUUAAUUCUGCUUUGGUUGGGCGUAUGUGCCUCUAAUAUCUUAUGUGUAAUUUAGGCAUUCGUGCCUUCAGACUUUGUUAAUUUUGCAUAGGGUGUAUGCAUCCUUGGAUUCUUACUAGUUUAAGCCUACGCCAUUGGGCUGGACUUAAAUUUUUUCUUGUAUUCACGAGAAUGAUUUUUCCUGAGUGUCCGGAUCGCCGGGGGGUU